AUGGUCAUUCAAAUUGGUUGUCCAACGCUAUUUUUCACACUCAGUGCUACUGAUACAAAAUGGCCAGACUUGCAUAAUAUCAUGACAACCACCACACCUGCAAAUCCAUAUGUAACUGCUAGGUGGAGAUUACAAAAUAUAGUUCAAAAUCCACACCUUACUUCAAUGUACAUGCAUCACAGAUUUACUGCAUUUCGUGAAGAAGUGUUGGAAAAACUUCUUGGUGCAAAUGACUAUUGGUACAGGUAUGAAUGGCAACAUAGAGGCUCUGCACAUAUCCAUGGUUUCAUUUGGCUACCAAAAGCACCUGACAUUGGAAAAUUACAAUGGAAUGACAUUCGGAAGGGGACAUCUCUUCAAUGCCGUUAUAAAGCCCCUUGGAACAUUACAGAGAAGUCGUCUCUUUCUAAUGAUGAUAAUGGCCAACCUAAGCACACCCCUGCUCGCAAUGAUGACCGCCUAAAUCUUCACAACCCAUUUAUACUCUCAAUAUGGAGGGCCAAUGUAGAUUGCCAACCUGUUCUCUCAAUUGAUGCUAUGAUUAAAUAUAUUGCAAAAUAUGCUACUAAAGCUGAAAACAAAUCAGAAACAUACCAUGCAAUGUUAUCUCGAAUAUCAACCAACUUUGAGUCUGAUAAACCAGCUCCUAGUGCUUUUCGCAAAAUGCUUCUUGACAACCUUGUGGAUCAUGAUAUAGGUGCCCAAGAAAGUUGCCACCUUCUGCUAAAGCUACCACUCUCCCUUUGUAGUCAAACAUUUUUUUUAAAAAAUGUGAACCAAAAAAAUUUCCAACGUGUACCAAUCACAUCCACAGAAAGAACCACAUAUCCAAACUAUAUUGCAUCUUACAUGGCAAGACCAAUACAUUUAGAGAGAAUGUCUCUUAUCGAAGUAACUCAAAAAUGGUCCUUCAACGCAUCAAGAAAGCAUGAUCAAUGGAAAGAGCGAGCCACACCAGUCAUAGUUCGAGUGUCUCCACGAUUCACAACCAUCCCUACAAAGGAAGAAAAAUGUUUUCAAGCAUUUUGUUGGACUGAACUUUUAUUGUACCACCCAUUUCGCAACAUUCAAAUGGAUUUGGGCUCAACAGAUGAUGAAAUUCAAGCACUGUGGGAAAGGUUCUCGCACAAGUACAAGCCAUGGCAUGUAUGUCGAACAUCUAUAGAAGCCGAUGAAAGAUCUAAUCCUACCACUCCUUCAAGCGACACAAAACAAUUGCCAGAAAACAUCCGUAAUGAAUGGCAAGUACUGUUAGCUUCAUACCCAGGAGUUCCUAUUCACCUGGAUGAACUUGAUAUUCUUGGCCAACAUGAUAUUGACUUGAAGAAUGACUGGGGAGUACAUCACUUCAGUCCACAAGAAAAAGAAAUAGCUACAAAUUUCAUACACUCCAAUCGCCGAACAUUUCAGCUACAUCAUGUUCUCCAACAGCAAAGCCAAAAUAACCUAUGUAUACAACAACAAAAGGCAUAUGAUAUAGUUAUUUCACAUCUACAUGCUAAUAGUUUACAAGCACCAUUGAGAAUUAUUGUUCAAGGAACUGCAGGCACAGGAAAGUCACACCUCAUAACAAGCAUAAAAUCAGCACUCAAAAGAUCAGCACCAAAUGGCCAAUCACCAUUAUUGCUCCUUGCACCAACUGGAGUUGUGGCAUUCAAUAUUCAAGCAUCAACAAUUCAUUCAGCACUAAGAAUUCCAAUCAAAGAAAUGCACCCUCUACAAGGACAAACAUUGGCAAGCUUCCAAGAAAGCAUGUACUUCAUUCGCUACAUUAUAAUUGAUGAAAUGAGCUUCAUUGGUCCAAAGUUGAUACAACACAUUGAUAUAAGGUUACGUGAGGCAUUCGCUACCCAUAACCAGCUCCCAUUUGGAGGACAUUCAAUCAUUCUCUUCGGUGACUUGGGCCAACUACCACCUGUCAAAGAUAUUCCUAUGUAUACUUCAACUUCAUAUGGAGGGACACUAUGGCGCAGCUUCAUAACAAUUAUAACAUUGAAAAAAAUAUUUCGUCAAAUUGGAGAUCAACCUGCACAAAUUGCCUUUUGUGCACUUCUCUCCAAUUUACGAAAUGCAGAACCCACUAUUGUAGAUUGA